UAGAGCGUUCGGGCCCACAUGUCGCGCAUUUGGAUUUCCACCUUCCUCAUCAGUCAUCGCCGUGGCUCCUUUCGGUUUCUCCUCCUCUUCCUCGGAGUUAUUUAAAGCCAUGGCCAUUCAGGGCAGGGGCGAAAAACAGAGACAUAGACAGCCAGAGAGAAGCCAAUUGCCGAGCAGAGAGAUAGAGAGAAACGGAUUGAAGGCCCGGGAAACUAAGAGAUCGGAGGAGGAUGGAGCAAGAUGGCGAGCCGUGGUGUUCUUGCUCGCUGAGGCAGUGCAGGAUUUGCCACGAGGAGGAGGAUGAGGGCUCCGUGACCUCCAUGGAGUCGCCCUGCGCAUGCUCUGGCUCCCUCAAGUAUGCCCACAGGGGAUGCGUGCAGAGGUGGUGCGAUGAGAAGGGCAGCACCCUCUGCGAGAUUUGCCUCAAGAAUUACGAGCCUGGCUACACCGCUCCUCCCAAGAAACGUCACGUCGCAGUCACCAUCAGAGGGAGCCUGGAGGUCCCUAUGGCGGACUACCAAGAGGCGGAGGACGCGCUGUUGCUCGGACCUGACGCCAGCGACCCGGCCUACGCCGAGUGCGCGCGUGCCGCCGGCAGAAACGCUUCCUGGUGCCGCUCGUUGACGGUGACGUUCACUGUUGUGUUGCUGCUGAGGCAUCUCGUCGCCAUGGAAACCGUCAGAGCCGCAGAUCAGUCUUUCAGCCUACUGACGGUAUACUUGCUCAGGGCUAGUGGGAUCUUGUUGCCGUUCUACGUCGUCAUGCGGCUCAUCUCUGCUGUCCAGCACGGGCAGAUGCAGUACCGGCUCCAGCUGCUCCAGGAGCAAAGAAGAAACGCAUCAUCAAGACUGCACCGGGUGCUUGGUCAGGGAGAGCAGCAGCAUGUGAUUCUUGUUGGCUGAAGAAAACAGUGAAGUGGAUCUCCUGUAGAAGAGAGUUAAAUUAAAUGUGAAGAGAGUUAAAUUGAGAGCCUGGAGGUGAAGGUUGUGCAUAUCAGGCGAGAUCAGAAUAUAGUUAGCCACACUCUAGCUGCCUUUGGGCGUAGGACCAUGCAUUCGGCAGUAUGGUUAGGAUCAGGACCGGAUAAUAUCCCGACUCUAUGUCGGCGAGAUUGUAAUACCACUGUUCAAUUAAUAUAUCCGAUGGAGGAGUAUCUUUUAUCGCAAAAAAAAAAAAUUAAAUGUAUAAUGUAUUAGUACUGACGGAGCAAUUAGGAAAAAGGGAAAGCGAAGAAAAGCUAUAUUAUGUUCAUAA